AUGAUAGAAGUAGCUGCGGGCUGCCUGCCAUCCAACAUGUCUGCAGAUGAGAGGGCUGUGAGAGACAGGGCUCAGAGUGAGACGGAUUGCUCUGAGGGACGGGAUGACGAUGUCCUGGGGCGCAUUGCCAGCUUACCUCUGGAUCCAUUCCCUCCCAGGGACUUCAGGGGGAAGUUUAAAAAGAUGCGCCACAAGAAGAGGCCCACUAUUCUGGAAAGUAGGUGCUGUUUUGACUCUGAAGCUGUGCUAAUCACCUCAACAAUUCUGUUUUCAACCUCUGGGAAAAAUGUGCUGGAGAGCCAGUCUUUGCUGCUACUACUACUACCAUCACUUUGUGAAAUGCCUCACAUCCACAUUGAAUUUGUCAUAGAAACGCAGGAAUCUGUUGGCUUGUUAAUAAUAGUGCCAGGCAGCAGAAGUGAGAACAUCUCACAGUUUUUUGGUGUUAUUUCUCAGAGCUCAUUGUCACAAACAAGUUCUUCUAUCUGACUCAACUUUCUCUGAAUCCUGUAGCUUUCCUGUAGCGAUGCAGAGCGUUAGAAAGCAGGAUAUGUGAGCAGAAGAAGAGGAGCAGAUAGAGAAACCAAGGGCACCAGGGGCAUCGGGUUAGAGUAGGAAGGAGUCAAGUGUUUGAGCUUGAUAACCACAAGGAUGGCUGAGCUGAGCUGGACAGGCAUACCUCACAUUCCUGACCUUCAUCAGAGCCUGAUAAUGCUUUUAAUAAGUGCUUAAUGUGUCCCAGCCAGCGCCCACCUCAAGCAUAAUUAAGAAAAAUGUUUAUGUUAAGAUAGCAACGCUUCUCCGAUCACAUGUUGCUUUGAGAACUGCAAGAAAACAGACCUACAAACUGGUUCAUUAAGAGCGAGUGAGUGAGUGAAGUUCGCCUUCUGAGGGCGCAUCAACGACUCGACUGAGCGUGCCAGCAAACUGUCAGAGCUGUACGUCUGAGUAUCUGGCAGCAGACGUGUUCAGAAACAUCCAGAAAAGACGUUAUGCAACGCUCUUAACAUACUGAAAUUCCUGUACAGUAGUAGUUUAAGGUCUUGUUGUUUUCAUGGCACGGCUGUUUCGAUGGGUGAUACAAACACAGAAAUGUCUUUUCUGACAUUUUCAUAGAAGAGUUUUCUGAUCUGUUUUGACAGCAAACUGUCUUCUUUAAAGCUCUACAGUACAGUCGCUGCAAAUCUCUCUGACAGACCGGUCUUUUUUAGACGGCACAUCACUCCUUCUCAGAUGAAUGUCAGUAAAGAAAUGAACUUUAAUAUAUUAGUAAGUAUUUAAGUGUUUCUUGAUGUUGUUGGUCAGUCAGAGUGACUCCCUUAUAUGUUGUGUUUACUGUUGAGUCCUUGCAGUGAAUCGGUGCAUCAGUCAGUAAAUGCAAAAAAGCUGAAACUGCAUGCAUUUAUUACCCAUGUUCAUGUUUUGUUAUCAUAAAAGUAAACAUGAGUAUGCUGGUUUCCCACACCUCAAUUUUUCCUUUUUUACUGCCAUGUUUGAAAAAAAUGCUACAUUAAUUCAGCGAGGACAUUACAUAACCGUUUGCCCUUCAGAGGGCCUCUUUCUGGACAUGUCAGGCUGACCAGAUUAUUACUGAUGCAGAAGUCAUGGAAGAAACUGGUGUGUGUGUGUGUGUGUGUGUGUGUGUGUGUGUGUGUGUGUGUGUGUGUGUGUGUGUGUGUGUGUGUGUGUGUGUGCUCAAUGUCAGGCUGGUCUCUGCUUUUGGUGUUGAAUUUUUUUGACUCGACAGUAUCAGCCAAAGUUAUAUCCCUCAUCUUUAGUCAGAGUUGCUCUUCUUUUCCCAUCUUUCCUAAUUUUUAUGUACAAACUAAACUAUAUGAAGUCUGUAAACAUGUAAUAGGUGAAUGAUUUCUUUCUUUACAUGACCACGUCACAUCCAGCAACAGGGCCUCUCUGCAGAACUGUGAGUUUUUCAUCCUGCAAAUAAAUGGCCACAUUAUCAGAGAGUCAGCAACUUAUAGAGAAGGACGGCUCGAGGUUGAAACCGUCAGAAUUAGGACUGGGCGAUAAACCGAAAAUUUACCGAUACCGAAAUUUACGACAAUAACCAACGUCAAAUAAAUAUAUAAGUGAAAGUUGGUUUUGGAUGUUUGUAGGUAGUCUGUGGUCUUAUGUCUCUUGAAGACACUGUCCUACGUCGGAGACGGGACUCCGUGACUGUAACACAGAGGGAAAGACAGGUGAGGAGAUGGAGGAGGUGAGCAGCUUGUGGAGUAGUUAUCGUCCAUUCAUCGUUAUCGAGGUGAACUGAUCAAUAUAUCGUUAAAUUGAUUUGAGGCCAUAUCGCCCAGCCCUACAUUAGAGAUUGAGCUAAAACUUGAUAGUUUGAGCCCUUUACUUCAGUAUGUCUCACUCUUUACAUGUGAUGCUGUAAGACCUUCCUGUGAGGCUCACCCUUUAUGAUUCUCCAAAGAAAAGGCCUCUGAAACAAUCUAAAACCACGCGUUCGCGCAGCCAUUUUACAUUUAAAAAAGGGUCUAUAUUUAGUCCUAUUUAAUGAAGGUCUCAUUUAUGUAAACUAUCAUUUGGUAUAACCAGCUGAUCUGCCUCGAGCCGUGUGCACAUUAUCAACAGACGUGUUCCUCACAUAUUUACCAAAGACAGCAGCAGCCCUCUGACUCUCUCCCUUGCAGUGUUUUGCUGUUACGGUAUGAGGACAGUGACUGAGUGUGCGUGAGCGUGUCACAAAGCAUAACAAGUUGAAAACACAAACAUGUAAAUGCUGUCACAAGUCACAAGAGCGCUGUUGUGCGAGGAGGUUUAUAUUCAGCGGUGCCAAAAUCCAAACAAAGUCACCGCUGUGGAAAAGAGGGCAGGGUCACACACGAAAUACUGUAUCCUAUGUUACAGAGCUCAAACUGUGCAGACCUCAGUUCAGACUCACUGUCCCAGGUUUUAUCAGGACACCUGAACCUCUGUUUGCACUGCACACACGCUGCACCCUGCCGUGGUUUCUCCAUCACAGUGUGUGUGUUUCAUUAUGAAGGUCAAGUGGCCGUCGCUUGAUGGACAGACAGAGGUGUGAUAGGAUUAUACUGAGAGCGCAGAGAGGUAACAGAGAGAGGAGGAGGAUGUGUUUUAUGACCCGUGCAUCUGCUUGUUACUCAAGAAAAUGCUGAUAAAGGAUUCAGCUCAUGCAUGUUCAAGAAAAGCAGCUGGAGAGUAAUUCCUGUUAAUUGUAAAUAUUGUGUAACAGCGUACUUUGAUGAUGUUUAAAAAGAGUAGUUUGAAGUCUUUAUUUUUGAGCUUUUACUACAAUCUAUUGCGUUUUUUUUGUCCUAUCUUUUAUCCCUUAAGAAAAACUGAGUCAUCAUAUAAAGGGCGUAUGAUGUAACUGUUUAAAGUCGGCUGUGGUUAUAAUGUAAAAGGGUUAAAAGCCAGGAGUCAGCCCCUGCUCAUGCAGAUCCCCUCUGUGCAGUUAAUCCCGUCUGCCUGCUGAUCACUUUAGUAUCAUCUUCUCUCCGCUGCCGUCCCAGAUGUUCCCAUGAUGUCUCAUUUUUUCCAGGUUCUCCCCUCGCCCCCGUCACCGCUGGUGGCUCAUCCGAUGCUCCCAGGCGCUCUGAAAGACGCACAGGGCAGGCGUUGUCAUCAUUAUCAUGCCUGACCGGCACGCAGACAAACAGUAGUUAUUAUUAACCGUGCUCCGCUAAGAGGAUUGCUUCCUGCACUCUCAGCCUCCGCGCAGUUAUUUAAAGGGAGCUUGCUUUGCCGCCCACUGCCUGCCACAGCUUUAGAGAGAGAGAGAGAUAGAGAGAGAGAGAGAGAGAAAGAGAUGUAAGCAGAGUGAGAGAGAGAGAGAGGGCUGAUAGCCAGGGACGGGACACAAGAGGAGGGUAAAGCAGUGCUGGUGUGUUUUCUCAGUAUCUUGUCAGCACAGCUCUGUGUGCGUCACAGAGAGGUGACAGCAGGCGCACAUUACCUGCUGGUCCUCGCUCGGCUGCUGCUGCUGCUGCUUGUGGAGGGACACUGCACCUCGAGGAUCAACUAAAAGGGGGAACACUUAACAGGAAGCUGCAGCCAUGACCAGCCAGCAGGACUCGGGCUUCUUUGAGAUCAGCAUCAAAUCCUUGCUGAAAUCAUGGAGCGGCAGUGAGUAGCAGUUUGUCUCUUGUUGCUGCUGCUGUUGUUGUUUUUUUUUUACGCUCUGCCGACUGGCUGAAGCUGCAGCUCCUCUGGGAGCCUGAGUUUGUAGCCUCUCUGUCCUGUUGUUGUCGCAGAUCGAGCCGAUAUUAUUGCUCAGGAUGGCAGAUGCUGCAAACUUGGGGACAUCGCACUUUUAGCAACAGAUCACUGCACUUCUCAAGGUUCUCACUCGUCUCCUAGCAACAGCAGGGACAUAACUGAGUAUCGAGCAGGAGUUAUUAGCCAAGAAGAAGUUUCUCAUCACUGUGGUGGUGACUAUUACUCAAAGUAUCCGGUGUAUUUUAAAGCUCUGCUGUUGAUGAUUCAGCAUCUCUUUUUUGCUGCUUCACUUUAAAGUCCAUCCUGAUUUUACUUCAGUCUGAAAGUCCCCGACAGACGCUAAAUAGCUCUUAUUAAGUGCAAGGACACAGUAAUAGGAUUAGUGGAGGUUCAGCUUGGUUGAAUACUCUGUCCAGGGCUCUCAGCUUCACAGACUCCCAUCCGGCCCGUGAGGGAGGAGAGGAGGCCCUCCUGCAUCUAAUUUCUGCAUAAUUCUGUUUUAUGUUGGAUGUGGAUAAAAAUAUCGAAUCUCUUUGAAGGAAAAACAAACAGAAAUGAGGAGAAGGAGGCCCCAGCCAAACCAGGAUAUCCAGCUUUGGCCCAUGAAACGCAUGCAGUAUGGAGUGCUAAUUAAUAUUGAGCAACUGAAGCUGUUUCUCUUGAGGCAGGCAGCGCUAGCACAUGUGUAUCUCCUGAAUCUGAAUGUAAAGAGACACCGCAGGACACGCUGUCCCCAUAUAUAUACACACUCAAUAUUGAGCCAUCUCCUGAUGAUGUUGCAUAAUCCUCACAGUGGGUCACUUUGCUGAUAAAUCACAGGCAGUCAUUGUACUGCAUCAGCAGAGCAGACCCGCAGAUAUGAAGUUAACAUUUUCAUUUAGACAAAUGUCUCUUAAUCUCCGUUUUUAAACAGCUGUUAUGUAAUAAAUCAUGAGAUGGCAACAGAGAUUGUGUGUAGUGACUGAAAAGUUAAGCAUAAACAUUUCAGAGUUAUUAGCUGCUGAUGGAAUAAGACUGAUAGUCCCUGACUGGUAAAUUAUAGAAAAUAAAAAUAGCUGAUUUAUGUUGUUGUGUGUCAGCUGCAUGAGAAGUAAAAAUGGGCCAAUCAGAGACUGAUAACAACAGUGUGUGUCCCCCCUGCUGCGUAGGAUCUGAUACUGUUUGCACACAGUGUAAACAAAGUCAAGGCCCUUUUAGACCCCAGUGCCUCAUAAGUCAGUGUGCCCAGCGCUAAUAAAACAGUGACAACCAGCAGCAGCACAGAACUGGCAUUGUGCAGCCGCGGCGUCAGGUCUGGUGUGCAAACAGCCUGAAGGCCGGUCCAGCUUGAGCCAAUCAGAGCAGAGGAUGAGCUGCAGAGAGCACAGUGCUGCUCUCCCUGAUCAGAAGUCAAAUAUGUUGUUUGGUUCACUGAGCAUUUAUCGAAUGUUAUAGGAUCCAGUUAGGCGCAUUUUCUGCUUGUUUGGUUCAAGUUAACAAGGUUUUAAAAAAAAUGUCUUUAAUUGGAAACAGGAACUUAGACAAAUGGUCUGAAAUGUUCUUGUUCCUGCAUAUCCGUCUUCUUUUAGAGAGCUGCUAAAGUUUGAAACUCAAGCCUGCCCUGACAUAUCCGUUAUCACCCCCUCCCUCUUUUCCUUGGACUCUCAAACUGUGAACUUUUGAUAAUGUGAAAGUGUUUAGAUGUUAUUGCUCCAAUAGCUCCAGCUGUUGCUUCCUCUUGGUGAUAGAUAAAUAUUUCCAGCUAUAUUUAUCAGCAAAUAUUUUCAGCCUCCACUUCUCAGACUUCCUGGAGAUCUGUGGAAAAUGUUGCAGAGCGUUUUCAACAAAAAAAAGUCAGGACGCUUUAUUCACAACAGUUCAGAUUGACCAAAGUGCUUGGCAGAGUAGAAAGGUGCAAGAAACAACAUUAUGCAUUAGGGCUGGGCGAUAAACCGCAAAUUUACCGAUACCGAAAUUUACGACAAUAACCAACGUCAUUUUGCCCAUUUUGGUAUAUUCUGUGUCAAAAAAAAGCUGUUUUUGGAUGUGUGUAGGUAGGCUAUGGUCUCAUGUCCCUAUGUCAGAGACAUGACUCCACCCUGUCCAGUCCAUAACAAAGAGGGAAAGACAGGUGAGGAGAUGGAGGACGGUUCAAAAGUUGUAGCAGCGGGAGCGGUGGCUGAAGUAGACGAAGUUAAUGUGAGAGGGGGUGAGCAGCUUGUGGAGUAGUUAUCAUCAUUAUCAUUAUCGAGGUGAACUGCUCAAUAUAUUGUGAUAUUGAUUUGAGGCUAUGUCGCCCAGCCCUAUUACACAUCAUAGUAAAAACAGUAAAUCAAGUUUUCAGCUCAGAAGGAAGGCCAAAAGGCAGAGACAGGUCUUCUGUGACGAUUUAACUCUCUCAGGAUUAAGGCGAGUCUUGUUUUGAGUGACAACCUGCUGCACGGGUGAAGUCAUUUUCAAACACAAGCUCUGGUGCCUUUUUCAUAUGGGAAUAUAGUCGGUAUAAUUUAAUUGCAAGCAUAAUCGUGCAGCCAGUGUGGCACAUCUGGCAGUUAACAGCAGUCCUGUUUUUUUUCUCCUCUGACCUAAACUUUAUGGUCUCAACCUGCCAGAGAAAUUUCCCCGCUUGUUACGUCACAUGACGCAAGCAGCCACCUUUAGCUGAGCACCUAAGAACAGUGCCCCUUUAUUCCCAUCCAGGAAGUAUAAAAUAUGAAUACUGUACAGCGCUGGAGGAGAGGUUAUAUAGGUAAUGAUUUGCACUUUACAUGCGCCAAAAGUGCAGAGUCAAUGUUUCUCUCAGCGGCUGCAUGAAGUGCUCCCGAAGGUCCAUGUUGACACUGGAAUUUCAGUCCAGGGAAAGGAGGUCACUGGUAUCUAAAUAUCCUCCCACUCUAUUCACAAACGAUCGCUAAAGUGGUUGUUUACUCAGCGGGGACAGUCUCUGCGGACACAUAUAGGGAGCUGCAUUCUUUCUGCGCGUGUGUGCGUCUGCGUACGUAUGUGUGUGUGUGUGUCCCAUAGAGACACUUGUUAGCCUGUUUGCAUUGUCCUUCUGGGAGCACCACCAUGCUCAGGGUGUUUCCAGCAUUGGGAUGAUGUAAUUCACACUGUGUCCGAGCUCCUUGUUUGCAGAGUCACAUGUCACAUCUGAGGGAGACAGAAAGGGCUGAACUGGACACUGGUUGCUUUCUUUUCCCACAAUUAUCAAUUUGAGGCAAAAAUAUGAUGCAAUUUGUAGCUAAUUAUGUAGAAAUGUUGGUAUGUAGAGGAAGUUGUGCCUUGAAAAUGUUGAUUUAGUUAGAAGUGGUUGCAUUUUGGCGAGGAGAUGGUAACAAUCUGAAAAAUGAAAAAUCCAAAGUCUUUGAUUUCUGAUUAAACUUUUCUGAAAGAGGGGAACUGCCGCCUGAUCAGGAAUGGUGUUUACACUCCCCGAGUUGUUGCUCUGCGCUUCAGGAUCACAGAGGUAGAGGAAAGGGGAGGGCUGCUCCGUCAGUAUGGUGUGUACCCCGGGAUAAAUAUAGACACAUAACUAUGCCACCAUAGCAUGUAGGCCCUCGUCACUGUGCUGUGCCUCAGCUAAAAAUUCCAGCCUGACCUUCACUCUUGGAAGGCUCUGCUUGGUCACAAGGCGAGAGGAAGCCAUAGCAGAAGCUGCUCAGAGAAAGAGAGAGAGAGAGAAAGAGAGAGAGAGAGAUCUCCCGUACCAAACACUACUCCCACUUUUUAAAACACACCCGCCGUUGGCUCUCUGCGCGCCAUGGAAACUAUGCCCAGCAGGACAGAGCCAGCGGACACACAAGACAUGGACAUUAACGGAUUUUACUAGCAAGGAUUCACUUUAAUUCAGGGCAACCCUGGACACCAUAUCCUCUUUCCGCACUAUGGACGGGAGGGCCGUGUGCUGGAGUAAGGCCAGCGUCAUCAGCUUCAUCAAAGGCCUGGGUAGGUGCUGAGUGACUAUGAGUGAAGCAGGCAUGUUCUGAAAGCUGCUGCACGAUAUUGCCAACGUGCCGGGCGUUCUGUGGCACAUAUCAAAACAGAGCUUGACCUGAAAAGAUCUGAAGACGGUUCAUCCACUUGUUUUCUGCACCUUUCUCACAGUUGCAUACUCUUGACUGUACAGCCGCUGAUUACAAUGCAGCCUCCUGCUUGUUUCUGCUCUGCUCAGACAUGUGCUGGCGUUUAAAUCAAUCAAUUUGACAUUCACCUGUGCGACUUGUCUGCAGUCUCCUUAAACCACCUGUAAAUACUCCAAGAAAUCUUUUUUGGCAAGGCACUUGAGGUGAUUCAUUAGAGCGUCUUUUAUCCUCUCAACCUUUGAUAUGCAAGAAAAUUUAUUGUUUCUGCUUCUGAUUCACCUUUUGGCAGACCGCAGAAGUCAUUAAAAUAAAUAACUGGUUAUCUGAUUCCUUCGCCACACACAUGCAGUUAGCUUCUGUCACAACUUGACUCCAUGAAAAUGAUCGAAAUAAGAAGGUUUAUUAGAUCAGCUGCAUGGGUUGUGCAGAAACAUAAGCCGGUAUUUUGUGUUUUAUUUGCGGCGUUGUGCUCGUAACAGACUGCAGACUGGACUCUGUUGUGGUUUCUGUAUUUAUUACACAUGUUGGACUUUUUAACACACACAGAAUGCAGCCCCUCUUGCUGAGAGGAGGUUAGUCUUUUCUGUCCGGCCUGAAACUAAUGAAUAUUUUACACCUCAGAUUUAUGGCGGUCUGUGAGGUGGACAGUUAGGAGUUAUCUCACGGUUGUAAAUGAGGUGUUUCUAUGCACUACUUUACUAUAUUUGGCUCUUUUGUGUCUGGACGCAGCAGAGUGUGACACCAGGGUAAAUUUUAACUAGCGUGUUAGUUUGCAGGGUCCCAUGGCCUGAGCGGAACCAUCUGUGAUUAAACGUGCGCCACGAUCGUAACCUUGGCUGCAGGAUGGUCUCAUCUCAUGCACAAGAUUUUUGCUUCCCUCAAAGGGCAAUGACAUCCAUGGUACGAAAUGAAAACACCAGCUGCUGGCCGUGGAGCUUUCAUUUCCAUAUGUGCUGUGUUCACUGUAGCAGGAGGAGAGAAGGAGCGGAGUCAGGGCAGGCCGGUGCCCUCUGGACGGUCUCCCUCAGGAAUGUUCAACAUGUCGAGAACUUUAUGUCCAUGUUUGGAAACUUCUGAGUAAAUCUCUGUCUGCUGAUCUCUCUUUGUGGCUGAUCCCGUCCCACUCAUUUGUGCUUGAAUUAGCAACAUUUGACUCUGCAAAAAAAAAAAAAAGAUUUCCCAUCUUAUUCUGUUUGUGUUGUUUCCGCAGCCUCGCCCGUGGGGAACGGAUACAGUAAACCCCCCCUCCCUCCAGUCUGCUGUCCCCAAGGAGAGAAGGGUCCCCCAGCCAUGAUGCCCAUCAGUAUCGACCCGGAGAGCAAACCGGGCGAGUACGUCCUCAAGAGCCUCUUCGCCAACUUCACCACCGUGUCAGAGCGCAAGAUCCGCAUCAUCAUGGCCGAGCCGCUGGUGAGUCUGCAGAAACUGGAGGGUUACCGCUCUGUGCGCAGCGGUGAUUGGCUGUUGAUGCUCCUCUUUGUCGUUUUCAAACAGAGCGUGGAGUUAGGUACACGUGUUGUUGCUCAGACAAAACACAAAAACAAGCUGAGGAUUAACCAUUGUGCUCUUUGUAAAAAAAAAAAAAAAAAAGUUGCGGCAUUUAAAUCAAAGCUGAAUUAUUUUUGUUAAAGAUGAAUAUUUCAGCAGCAGGUUUAUAAAAGACAAUAACAAAUAAGAAAAAAGCCUUUUCUGUGUAGCAGUAUUUCUUUCUAAUUUGCCCCCCUGUCAAUCAUCUCGUGGCCUCUUGUGGGUGUCCUGACCCACAGGUUGUGAACCAGCAUAACAAGGUCAGACAGGAAGCGUGACAGACAGGCUCACAAUAGCUGGUUUGACAGGAAUGAAUUGCAGACAGUGGUACACAGAAGAUUUAGAGUCUCUGCUUCAGUUAAAACUACUGACACAACUUUUUAAAAAUACAAAGUUAAAAAUGUUAUUUUGAAGUAAAUAGGAUUGAAAUUUCAACAACACUCUGCAUAAUAUUGUAUUUAAUGUUUAGACUAAUACAGUCUCCUGCAUCUAUCAGAUUUUCCUUUUGGUGAAGUCUAAUUGGUGAAACAGGAAAAAUAACCUCAACUCUGUUUUAUGUAAAAGAACACAAACAAAAUUUGCUAGAGACAGUUAUUUUUGCUCUUUAAGCAUUAUAAUGUGUUGAUUGCAGUUACUCCAAUUUAUAGAGCUCAAUUAAAUGCUUAUAUUUGGUUUUGUCUCUUUGAAUAAAUAUGUUACUGCUGAAAUCUUAAACGGAUGUGUUUCCGAGUUUUAGGCCUGCAGCAAAGUCCCACACAUGCACACAAAAUCAGAGAAGCAAACUAUCUCUCCUUGUUAAACUUCUUACCUCUACAGAUUGGAGCAGAUAUAAUCCUGCCCUGUGAGUUUUACCAUGUUAGUUGUGAUUUCUAAAACUCCUCAAGUGUAAUCCCCGUUUUUUUCUUUAACAGUGAGGCUAUUUAUUUUAGCAUGUUAGGAAAUAAACAGGUCUUUUAUCUAUCUUUUAUAAGUUUGACUGAGAGCCCAGGAACCAAAACAUGUGAAUAAACAAACAUGUGGCCAAGAAAAGCAGCGAGUUUUCCAGUCCUAUCACAGAGAUAGCGCUCCAAAUGUGUUUAUUUGGUUUGGGAUAAGAUGAAAAAUGUUUUUCUCCAAAAAUUAAAACCCUGCAUCAGAAAAGUCACAAUUUGAGAAACAUUUAUCUGUUAGUUUGUUGCAGAAAGCAUUACAAUUAAAUAAUUGAAAAUGAAUCCAAAUAUUUUCUUGUUUAAGUGACUCCAAAGCAUUCAGUGUGUAUAGUUUUAAUUUUUGCAUCAUGAUUAUUUGAAUCUCACCAGAGAUUCAUCGGUCAUUUCAGAAAGCAAUCUGCAGAUUCAUUAAUAAUGGAAAUAUUUGUAAGCUGCUGCCAAACCUCUGUUCUUUAUUCUUCUUCUAUCAGAGACACUUUGGAUUUGAAUAUUUAUCAGAAAGAUAAAGAUUUUUGGUUGAGACAGUUUCCAGGAACAUGCUGUAACUUUUACUAUCUCUUGUUUCUAAGUCUUGUCGAGAAAUUCCUUCAAGAUGAAACGAAUUCAGAAAAAGCUGCCAAACAAAUCUCGUCCAGAGGAGUUUGAAGCCAAACAUCAGCUGUUGUAAAUAACUGGGCUGACAGACAGCCCGGCAGACGGGGAAGAGCCGCUCACCACCUGCUGCCAGAACCACAUUACUAUCUCACAAGUGCUGCUGAAAGUCGACUCAAACUGACCGACUGCUCUGUGUUACCGAGAAAACCAGGAGAAGUCAGAGAAAAAUACAUUUAACGAUAAUCAUCAGACAUUUAUCUGUGUGUCCCAAAAGACUGGAGCUAUCUGAGGGGACAACUCUGAGUGCAACAUGACAAAAAAAAUGGUAUUUCAGAGAAACGAGGAGGUAGUUGAGAAGCUGAUUUUGAUGCUUGUCAGUCUACUGUGGACGUGUGCUCUCCAGUUUCAGAGGCUGUGAUUUAUUGGAAGCUGUUAGUCAUGGUCCUCGGUCUGCAGGGGAGUGUUAAUUACCACAGGGAAAGUGUGCAAAGCCUUCCUUUUGGUGUGACUCCCUCUUGGGGAUUGCAGAGAGGAUGUGUCUGUUAGUUUUUCCUCUCGGUGGAGAACCGGAUGAGUUAUUUGUUUUAGCUCAGUCUCAGUUCCUGGACUCAACAGGUGAAAUUGCUCAAGUUAAUCUUUUAUAUUUGAUCAUAUUUAUACAUCAAAUAAAGAGAGAAAUCCUCUGUACGAUGUUAAAAGAAGAUACUAUUUCUGAGAUGCUUGAGCACACACAGUGUUUUAAACAAAAGCCGAGUCUUUAGAUGCAGACGGAACACUCCGGCACAGACGCGCUACUCCAGUUCAAGCGUUUGUCUGAACUGCAGCUCCGGAACAACCAUCAGACUACAUAGUAUCAGUGUCAGAAAAAUCAGGCAGAUAGAUAUUUUAGAUUAAAUGCAAAGUAUGUGAUGUGCAGUGAUUUGCAGUGUGACUAAAAGGACAGGCAGAGUAGUAAACAAGCAAAUAGGUUGAGUGUAGCGUAAGUGUAAAAACUGCUGUAUCACCUAUGUGCUUAUUUAAGAUACAUCAGUGUCAGUGUACAUCAAGCCAGAACAUUUUCAAGCAUUUUUGUCUCUCAUGGACUUAAUCACAUGAGUUCAUAAACUAUUUAGAAAUAACAAGGGCUGUAAUCAAACAAAGAAAUUCUUGGUCGACCAAAUUUUCGAUCAAAUAUCGACUCGGUUCUGACUCUGACGGCAAACCCUUCAGCGGUGGGGGACGAUGCGGCUCGGCGGAGUUAAAAUAUACUGAUAUCAGCACAAGAAGGUAAUUAAACACGAAGAAAGUUAAAACGCUCAAAAUAAAAAUAAAUAUUCAGCAAACCACCGAACAUAGAUUAACGUGGACACUCUUCAAUCUUCCUGUAUGUGAAGUAUGUGAUGCACCAAAAGGACAGGCCGAGUAGUUAACAAGCAAAUUAAGUGAAGAACUUCUUGUUUUAGCUACAUCAGUGUCAUUGUACUUCAAGCCAGAACAUUUUCAAGCAUUUUUGUCUCUCCUGGACUAAUUCACACGAGUUCAUAAACUAGUUAGAAAUAACUAAAACUUAAAUACAUCUCAGUUUUUUAAAAGCUCUAAAUUUUUGAUCAGGUUCUUACAGAAGUUGUUAAAUCCACCUAAUUCCUGAACAUCUGCUGCCAUAAUGAAAUGAUUCAGACAGAGUCAGGAAACCAUCUGCAGGAGUGUCCUCUGCAGGAGAAGACUGUGUUUAACCCGAAUCCCUCACAAAGGUCUUUAUCUGGGGUGAUAGAGGACUGUAAUAAUGGAAGCUGUCAUGGAUGUCCCGUGUCAAAUAUCUGACUCGCCCUUCUUUCAUCUGGCAUCAGAGUGACUGAUGGCUUCCUCAUUAGCCUGACUGUAACAAGUCCCUCUUUCUAAAAUACUCUGCACACUUGCACACAUGCACUCCCGACAGGGCAAGGAGAUUUAUGAGCUUCAGAUUAAACUUUUUAAGUUUGUGUGAAAAAUGUGUAAAACUGAAAACAUGCAAAAGCUUAAAAAUGAUUUCCUCUUUUUGUUUGCAGGAGAAGCCAUUAACAAAGUCACUGCAGAGGGGGGAAGAUCCUCAGUUUGACCAAGUAAGUGCUGCAUUAUUUUCAGCAGUGAGUAUUUUGUGCAGGUGCAUGAAUUUUUUUUAACUAAUCUGUAAGCUCUUUCAUAACAGAGCAACAAUUGAGAGUUUGGCCUCUCCCUGAAAGAAAGUAUGCAGGUCACCUUUCACGUUUCAAAUCCAGCUCUACUACGAUGUACAGUUGCAUUAAAGCGCUGAUGGGAGAAAGUGCCGCUCACAUCCAGAAAGCUCUUUCACAUCCACUGAAGGGAGGGCAGGCGUGUUUACCUUGCGAGCUGGCACCGACUCUGGGCUAGGUGUGUCCAGCAGGUCUGUGGCUCUGCAGAGAAGGCUCUUUCACAGCCACAGGGGUGUGUUUGUGCUGCUGCGUGAGGCCAUUCAGCAGCCACACAGAGCUGGGAUUCUUCUCCAGCCUCGUGCUGAAUGAAGGGCUCGCUGUGUUCCCCGGCCCGACCAGGCUCUCCUCCCUUCCUGUGUGCCCGGCCCCAUCCCACCCGUUCCUUCCUCUCCCUCCUCCUUUCCCUGAGGACUGAGGGUGGCUGCCCCGUGCUGCACCUUGUCUCCCUGCGUAAAGUCUUAAAAAGAGAUGGGCUCCCUCUGGACUUAAAAGCUUCCUGAUUUUGUUUUACUCCCUUUAUUUUUAGGAUGAAGGAAAUAUGAUUACAUUUAAAUGGACCUACUUCUGCCACUUAGAUUUUAGUUGAAAUUGCUGCAAAAAUAAACAAAGGAAGCACUGAUUGGUAUCUUAACUUUGGUAUGUUAACUACCAAACACAAACAUGCAUUUGCACCAUGUAUGUCUUUCUCUUUCAGCUGAUAAGCACCAUGAGCUCGCUGGCUGAGUACUGCCUCCCCUCCAUACUGCGCACUCUCUUCGACUGGUACAAACGACAAAAUGGACUCGAGGAGGAGCUGCACGAGUACCGGCCGAGAGCUAACACCAAGUCGAAAAAGUGAGAUCCUUUCAAACUGAUCCUUUCAGGAGCAAUGAACCACCUCUAGAAAAACAAAGGUGGAGGAUGCAUGCACUGUAUAUUAACAGCAAACCUGUUGCUCUUGUUUUCUCUCUCACUCUCUUUUACAGUGAUGAGCAGCAGAGAGAUUAUCUACUUGAAAGGAGGGAUUUGGCCAUAGACUUCAUCUUCUCUCUUGUACUUAUAGAGGUUUUGAAACAGGUGACUCGUCUAAACUCUCUUGUAUGCUUUUUAAUCUCAUUAUUUACUUAAAAACAGAGUUCACUUUCAGAGAAUUCAGUUUGGAAAACACUCAAUUGUUAGUUCAAUUUGUGAUAGUAAUAAUGUUUUUAUUGAUAUAACACUUUUCCAUACAGGUGACAAAUAUCUUCACAAAAUGAUAAAACUAGAAAUAAAAGCAGAAAGGGAAUAAAAGUAUGCAGACGUUUGAAGAUUUUUAAUAUCAUGAUUUUUUUUGCUGUAAAUAAAGCAAGAGCAUUGAAGUAGAGUUAGAAAAAUAAUCAUUAUAAAGAACAAAAAUACAAACACAAUGUAAUAAUAAUAAUAAUAAAGUGCUAAUAUGAGAAAUAGUUGUUGUUCAUUUGUACGGUAAUGUGUCGUGUUGUGGUUAUGAGCAUCAACCAUACAAUAUGAUUUAUAGACAUUGUGCUAAAGAGACACUACUCAGGUCCAACCUGUGUUAAAGUAAACUAUUACAUAAGUUUAACGCUUGGGGAUGAUGGGGCUGGAUGACAGUCUGUGUUGAAUGUCACGUGGGUGGAGAAAAGGCUCAUUAUUGAUAAGGCUGGAGGCAGAAGAGUAGAAACUUGAAUACUCUCAAUAAUGGAGAGUCAACAGGCUACUGUUUAUACUUAUUUUCAGAGCAGAUCACCUAAAAGUGUAAAAUUUCCUCUGAUCAAGCCGUAUGAGCAUUAUUUUAAGUUAUCCUCAUAUACGGCUGUUUAAAUCAGGGUUUCUGUUCAGUCUUAAAAAGUCUUAAAACACCUAAAAUCCAAUAAUUUGAAUUUAAGGCUUUAAAAUGACUAAAAUUCUCUUAAAACCUCAUAAAUUGUCUUAAAUGAAAAAUUUGAAAGGCCCUCAAAAUGUAUUGAUGUUACUUACAAAUAAAGAUUGAUUUGAAGUUAGUUUAAAAUGUUCCGAUUUCCCUUCAUGUCUUUUGUACUUUUUUUGCCAGUAUGGAUGUAAAAUGGAUUUUAAAUUGUGUUCAUUAUACUCUUAAAAAAGUCCUGAAAAGUCUUAAAUUUGACUUAAAUGUUUAAUGUAUCAUGCCGGGUAUCUUGUUGUUAUGCUGUUUUAAACAUUGAUUCUCAUGCACUGUUUUGUCUCGUUUGUGUGUCAUCUAGAUGCCUCUCCAUCCGGUCCUGGACAGUUUGGUCAGUGAAGUCAUAAACUUGGCCUUUAAGCACUUUAGAUACAAAGAGGGGUAAGGUCUUAUUAUCUCGGUCCUCCAGUGUGCAUACCUCCUUUAACGGCAUCUUAAAGCGUCUCUAAUGUUUGUUCUUCUUUGUCGUCUGUCCUGCAGGUAUCACGGUCCAAACACUGGCAACAUGCACACUGUAGCAGAUCUCUAUGCUGAAAUCAUUGGAGUACUAGCCCAGUCAAAGUAAGCACCAAAAAUAGAUCUAUGAAAAUACAGUAUUAAUAUGAACCAUUGUGUAGUUUGCGCUCUGUCUCUCUUCAUUUUCCAUGCUACCUUUCUCAAAGCCUUCCUGUAAAACAUUUCCCGCUUCAAGAGACUGGAACGUUCUGCAGGAACGACACACUCUUGGACAGGUCCCGUCACACCAAACUAGGACUGGAAAUUGAUGUCUUUCUAUUUGAAGUUUUUAGAUCACUGCAGCAAGGAAAAAUACCUUAAUAUAGGGAUAGAGCUGCUGAGGGCACUUCAUACCUCCUGACCAGUGUGUUAUCUGCUGAAUGUCCUCAGGGAGCUACUGAGCAGAAAGGAUUUAAAGCUAUCAUUUCUAAUCUCUGAGGCCAAGACAAAAGAAAAAAAGACGUCAGGAAUGUUUUAUGAAGUAUUUUAAGAGAGUUUGAUGCUAUUUAUAUCAGACUAGAAAUAGUCUAUUUUCCCUGAUAGUGUCCAAAGCAAUAAUAACAAACAGAUCGCUCCUCUUAGUGUGACACAGUAGCUGGAAUACUCUACGAGCCCCUGCUGCGGAGGUUAAGAGAUGCUUAUGUGAGCUCCCAUGAUGAAUUGUCGUCUAAAUUUAGCCCAGCUGAAGAAUCCCAUCUCUGGUUCAAUUUAGACAGGGGAUCAGGUGCUUGAUGAAGAGUUCAUCCCAGGACACAGACUCACACUCUCCAUUUUUAGGCUCCGACAAGGGGGGGCUGCUUAUUUUUGGGAAGCGUGCCCCCCCUGAAUGUUGUCACUGUAUUCUCACAGCGUCACAACUCGGAGCACAGGAAGUUUUUGAGAGGAAGUGCUGAUUUGGGAUUUGUUUGACUGAGCUAUGCGGGCAUGUCUUUUUAUAGAUCAUCAUCUCGUGCCCUCUUUUCUGUUUGCUCGCUCUUAGGUUCCCUGCAGUGAAGAAGAAGUUUAUGACAGAGCUGAAGGAGCUGCGACAGAAAGAGCAGAGUCCGUAUGUAGUCCAGAGUACCAUCAGUCUCAUCAUGGGGGUCAAGUUCUUCCGGAUUAAGAUGUACCCCGUGGAGGAUUUUGAGGCAUCUUUUCAGUUCAUGCAGGUAUAAUCCGGUUAUUUCUAACGCCUUAAAUAUCACAGAAAUGAGUUUUCCUAAAAGAAGAAAUAAAUACGAUCCCAGACUUGAGUGAUAUAAGGGUGUAGACACCGAUACAGCAGAGUUAACAACCAAGAAAAAGCCAAACUAUCUUGAAAUCUUCCUCUUUAACAAUGAUUUUCCCUCCCAUGGAAAAAUCCCAGACAUGCUUCUUGUGGAUUAUAUUUAGUUUUGAUCGUCAUAUCAAGUCACAGAACUUUAAAAGAGCUGCUUUUUAAUGUCUUUUCCACAGGACUGUGCCCAGUAUUUCCUCGAAGUGAAGGACAAGGACAUUAAGCACGCCUUGGCCGGUCUCUUUGUUGAAAUUCUGGUCCCUGUUGCAGCAGUGAGUAUUAUUUUUACAUAACAUAACGUAUCAUCACACAGGAUUUUAUUGUCACAGGGUUGGGCCCGGCUUAAUGCCUCGCUAAGUGAUCACGUUUGAUGUCGUUCCAGGCCGUAAAGAACGAGGUGAACGUACCCUGCCUGAGGAACUUUGUGGACAGUUUAUACGACACAACCCUGGACCUGUCCUCCAGGAAGAAGCACUCUCUGGUCAGUUUAUUCAGCAGGAAACAAACUGAUUCUGAUAGUUAGCUGUUUGUCCUCGGGUGGCCUGUUCGUAUUUGUCCACUUGUGUUUUCAUACUGACUCCCUUUGUUUGGAUGCCUGCGGUCACUUCAAAGUUCUGCUCUCCUGCAACACAUGAGGAAUUAUUUACGAGGGUAGUGCAGACUUAUGUCACCUCCCUGUAAUGUGGCUUAAAAAAAAAACCAUCCACCUUGGAAGUUCACAGUCAAAACAAGAGACAACAACCCGCAUGGAGCAACUUACUGCUCUUACAAAAGAUCUAUGAUCCCCUGAGGCAGCGACUCUCUUUUAUGAGCUUUGCGUUGUCAGCAAAAAAAAGAGCAAAGACGGAAAAACCGCCAUUAAAUCUUCAAAGUAAAACCGGUUUACACUUAAAAUGCACUUUGGCUUUUAGGGUUCAAAGGUGAAGUGCGAUUCUUUUAAUCAUCCAAUCAGACAACAGCCUUGGAAAUCAAAUUAAACUAAUAAUUUUAUCAGACACUUUUAUAAAGAGGUGAUUUCAACACAACCUGUUCUUUGUUUAGGCGUUUUACCCCUUGGUGACGUGCCUGCUGUGUGUCAGCCAGAAACAGUUUUUCCUCAACAGAUGGCACGUCUUCCUCAACAACUGCCUCUCCAAUCUGAAGGUAACGUCACCUGUAAACAACAGAUAUCUUUGUUUAGAUUAUCUGAUGGUGAAACAGAUGUCUCAUCAAUGACUUUUAUUCUAUUACAGAGCAGAGACCCUAAGAUGGCACGUGUCGCAUUGGAGUCCCUGUACCGGCUGUUGUGGGUCUACAUGAUCAGAAUCAAGUGUGAGAGCAACACCGCAACACAGGGGUAAAAACCUUCACUCUUUAUACAGUGAUUUUAGGAUGACUUCAGUGUUUAUGGAGAUGCAGAGCAGAGCAGGUCUGAGGUCAGGCCACGCCAGAUUGUCCGAGCUCGUGGCCUGCAGGUUUCUCAGCAGCUUAAAUGUGUUAUUAUGAGCUUGAGCCCACCUGAGAAACCCUAAACAGGUCAAGCCAACAAGUCCAUUCAAAGUAAACAUGUCGGCAGAUAGCACACUUGUUUACCUCCAAAGUAUUUGUGCAGAACGAUUAAAAACAUUUUAAAUGUUUUUUAUUUUGAUCCACAGCCGCCUCAGCACCGUGGUUACGACCCUGUUCCCCAAAGGAUCCCGCAGCGUGGUGCCCAGAGACAUGCCUCUCAACAUCUUUGUCAAAAUCAUCCAGUUUAUUGCACAGGUAACGGCCGAUACACCAGACUCAACUACCCAGAAGCCACACUGUUGCGACUAAAUUGUUGUAUCCAGCUGAUACGCGAAAGAUGAAACCUCCUCGCAUCAUAUUGAUCAGGUUUUUGAAAUCACAUCUCAUUACAGGAAAGACUGGAUUUCGCCAUGAGAGAGAUUAUCUUUGACCUUCUUUGUGUCGGGAAACCUGCAAAAGCAUUUAGUCUUAAUCCAGAGGUAUGAAUUCAACCAUCAGUGCACUGACUUUUUUAAUCCUGAUCAAAGUUUUCCUUGAAAGUAAUAAUACUUAGAUUUAUUUUCUGCACUUUUUACUACUUAUAGAAGUGAUCCUACAAGGACACACUUGAAAACUUCUAAAAUCUACAUGUUUUAUAUUUCAGUAUUUGCUAGUAUGGUUCAUUUUUUGCUGAGCUUGUCCUCUAGUACCUGUUUUUUUAUAUCAGGACUUAUUCUGAGUAUCAGGUUUCGGUAGCGGACAGUUGAACAUGGUGUUUGUUUUCCUGUGCAGAGGAUGAAUAUCGGUCUGAGAGCAUUCCUGGUCGUAGCUGAUAAACUGCAGCAGAAGGACGGCGAGCCUCCCAUGCCUAACACUGGUUGCACUUUACCCUCCGGGCACACACUCCGAGUGAAGAAGACAUACCUGAGCAAAACGCUGACAGACGAAGAGGCCAAAGUCAUCGGUGAGUGAAAGUGACUUCUCAGGAAUGUGGAAAAUGCCAGGGUUUUAGACUUGACGAGCAUCAAAUUUCCACUGACUUCAUUUUUUUUCUUGUUUGAAUUAUUUCUCAGGGAUGUCUCAGUAUUACUUUCAUGUAAGAAAAGCUAUCGACAACAUCCUCAGACACCUGGAUAAAGAGGUGGGACGCUGCAUGAUGAUGACCAACGCUCAGAUGCUGAACAAGGAGCCUGAGGAUAUGAUCACGUAAGCGCUUGUGUAGCUCUGUCAUCCUAACACCAACACAAUGAAAGAAGUCUCAUUCAUCAUUUACUCACACCUGACUUAAUUAACUCUGAUUAUUCACACAAGGCCCGAUUAAGUAAUCCUUCCUCCUUUUCAGAGGUGAGAGGAAGCCCAAGAUCGACUUGUUCAGGACGUGUGUAGCAGCCGUUCCUCGCAUCCUGCCUGACGGGAUGUCAAAGCCGGAGCUCAUAGACCUUCUCUCGAGGUGAGUCGCCUCUGUCUGCCAAGGUAAUUAACCGGAGAUCCAAUCAAGUGUUACUAACAAGUGUGUGAAGUUUAAAACCUUUCCAUGCAGUCCAGGAACCGGAAAUUCCUGUUACCCUGGAUUGAAAUGUUUGUACUACGAUUAAGAUGUAAUUUUCUCAAGCUGCUAAUUAUAUCACUGUGGCGUCAUCGUCAAGAGGAAGUCGUUUACCAUAGUAUGCAAAUAUGAACAGAUAUAUCGAGCCUCAACAGAUUGUUAUGUAAUCCUCGGGUUAAAUUUAGCUCCAGUGACACCUACUCAUUAGUGAAUUAGUGAGUGUUUGUCCUUCAAACCCUUAAUUUCUUUAUUUCUCCUUUUCAGGCUGACGAUCCACAUGGAUGACGAGCUGCGACUCAUCGCCCAGAAUUCCUUGCAAAGUCUGCUGGUGGAUUUCUCCGACUGGCGUGACGACGUCCUGUUCGGAUUCACUAACUUUCUGCUGCGGGAGGUCCAAGACACUCAUCAGGGCCUGUUAGACACGUCCCUCAAAUUACUGCUGCAGCUGCUCACUCAGUGGAAACUCACCCUGGCUGCACCGGGGAAGAGCUAUGACACAGCUAAAAUACACACUGCAGAGGUACACACCUCAAUUAGCGCCUCUUUUUUUUACCUCUAAUAAGCUGGAAAAACAAAUUACAAAUGAUUUAAUUAGUCUUAAUCUGCCCUUUUGACAAUUACUGUCAACACUUCCACUAAUGCUCUUGACGUAGGAGAAGUCUCUAAGUGUGAUUGUAAUCAUGCACCUGUAUGAUCAGCUCUCUUGUGUUUUGACAUGUCUGUCUCAGCUGCUGCAGUCCAGCUCCAACCUGAAGAUCCCUGCAGAGCGGGGUCCCCACUCCACUGUGCUGCACGCUGUGGAGGGCCUGGCGCUCGUGCUGCUCUGCUCCUGUCAGCUGAGCACGCGCAGGCUCGCCAUCGCCAUCCUCAAAGAGAUCCGAAGCCUGUUCAUGACCAUCGGACAGACUGAGGUAGAAUAAGUUAAAGUUAAACCGACUCAAAAAAAAGAAUAACCGCUCUGAAAGACUGUGAACAUCUACUUUCUCUUCUGCAGGAUGAUGAUAAACCGAUGAUAGAAAUCAUGGACCAGCUCAGCCCUGUGAUCCUGGAGAGUUUUGUCAAUGUGGCGGUCUCUGACACAGUAAGUUGUGUAGCUAAAAACUGGACUCUGAAUCUCAGUCUGCUGUUUAUAUCAUAAUGGAGUUGCCUGCAACUUUAGGUAAAACUGAUCUGUACAGGGCUCGACUGUGCGACCGUUUUACUUGCAUUUGCGACUAAAAAAUAUAUGUGUGCAAAUUGUAAAAUGUCUUUAGGGGAACUUGUGCGCAUAAAAGAAUCAGCCGAGGCAAGAAAUGUUUUUUCAUGUAAGUACUGUGGUAAAGUUAGUUUUAGGUUGGAUGUUCGACGGACAUUCACUGCAGGUCUACCGGUGUCUUCUCACUCUCUAUAACCCUGAAUAGCAACAGCAGCGCCGUUAAAUCUACUCGGCACCCUUGCUGUCAACAUUGGAUGUUGAAUAAGGGACCAUCAAUAAAUUACUGGUUGAUGUUCUCAGAAAAGGCUGUUUUCCUUCAAUAGCUUCCAUGUCAUGUGACCAAAAGACCUAAAAUUGAUUUCAAAUAAUAGUACUCAUGUUGACCAACAAGACACAUUACUUUACCAAUUUUCAUUGUGCCCCUGAAGUUCUUUGUGUGCUCCUUGUGAAAAUAGUUAGUGACAAGCCCUGCUGUAUUGUGUGAAAAUUGAAAUACUUUCAAUAUUUGUCUCUAUUAUGUUAUCACUUCAUGGAGGCUGCUCUCCAUACUAGUUGUGAAACAGUUUCUCAGUGUAAUAAUCCGACAUGUAAGAACUUGAAUGAACAGCUGGACCCGAGCCGCUGUUAACUUUUGACCUCCUGUUAUGUAAUCAUCAUGAUGUCAUCAGGAUACCCAUGAUGCAGUUUAUUCAGAGGACGGGAUAAAGAGACAUAAACGUCAUUAAAUGUGAACUGAGUUUCUGACUGAUGUGGGGUUUGACCUAAAAACAGUCUCAGUCACAUUUACAUGAAGAUGAAAGAUUAAUGUCUGAGAUGGUCAUUUAUGAUUUCAACUAUGACCUCUGAACUCUGACGCUGUUAUACGUUUUUCUCUUCCGCAGGCCCCUCUGCCUGCCGGCCACCAUAUGGACCUCCAGUGGCUGGUGGAGUGGAACGCCCUCCUCGUCAACAGUCAUUACGACAUCAGGAGCCCGUCCCACGUGUGGAUCUUUGCCCAGUCUGUGAAAGACCCCUGGGUGCUGUGUGUUUACAGCCUCCUCCGACAGGACAACCUGCCCAAGCACUGCCCCACCGCUCUCAGCUAUGCCUGGCCGUACGCCUUCACUCGCAUGCAGAUGCUGAUGCCCCUGGUAGAUCCAAAGUAAGCGUCUGGUUUCACAUUUUGCAUGAAAACCCCCUUUUAAAAAAACAAAUAAAAAUCUAUGUUUUUCCCGAUGAUUCCCCAGUAACCCCGUGUAUGCGAAGAAGACAAGCAUGUCUGGCAGCGGGGAUAACUACGUCACCCUGUGGAGAAACUACCUGAUCCUUUGUUUCGGGGUGGCCAAGCCCAGUAUCAUGAGUCCAGGCCAUCUGAGAGCGUCGACACCUGAGAUCACAGCCACCACACCUGACAGCGGCGUCAGCUUUGAUAACAAGGUAGCUGCUUCCUCUGCCUUCAUUAAUCCCCCAGGUGUUUUGUCUCUCCAGGAUCAGGUGUUUAUGCAAAGCUUGUUGACAUUCAAAGCAGAGGCAUCGAGUUACACCGCAGCUUUUCUUACAGGAAGCCGAUAUAUUCUCCACACACGUUAUCAGACAAUGCAGCUUCUCUUUAAGCUGCCUCAGGGGUUAAUUUGUGUGACCGAGUCGUCUGUCUUUGACGUUUCAGGUCAUCGGGAGUCCAUCAGUGGCUUGGCUUCUGAAGCAGCUGGUUCCACUGAUGAGGGCGGAGAGCAUCGAGUUGACAGAGUCAUUAGUCCUGGGCUUUGGUCGCACCAAUUCACUUGUUUUCAGGUAUAUAAGAGGAAAUAUCGAGUCUGAGGAGUUUUUCUUUCAUAAAAAAUUACAUUUAACAAUUACGGCAUGACAGUUUUUUAUUCUUUUAAGUGUUUUUUAGUGUGUUUUAAUAAUUUAAAAGGUCAGAGCACAAUCCAUUAUUUUUUAAUAGUGAGAGUAGAUGCUGAUCUGUAUUUGUCUGGACUCAGAGCGGAGAUAAACAGAGGAUUACAGUUGAGUGCUCUCUUGUUGCCGUUUACAGCUGCGGCUCUAAACUGUUUCCUAAAAGUCUGAUUUUUUAAGCUCUCGUCAUUUAAAACACGAAAAUAGUUUCAGAGCAGUCUGGUUUUGGUUUACGUAACAGAACUUUUGUGCUCGUUAUUAAAUAAAGACUUUUUAAUGAUUACCUCACUGUCUAUGUUUCCACUCAGGGAGCUUGUGGAAGAGCUACAUCCCCUUAUGAAAGAAGCAUUAGAGAGAAGACCAGAGGUUUGUUAAUUGUACUGAAAGCACAAUGUGGCAAUUUAUUCACUAGUUAGAGAUAUUUAUACUGUCUGCUGUGAAAAAUGGUCAUAAUCAGAAUUUGUCCUCCAUCUGUAGAACAAGAAGCGGCGUGAACGGCGAGACCUGCUGAGGCUGCAGCUGUUGCGGAUCUUUGAGCUGCUGGCUGAUGCUGGUGUCAUUAGUGACAGGUCAGUAUAGCUCAUGGUAACACACUGCAUCCCACAAAGGAGGAGUUCAAGCAAGACAAAUAUAAUUUAACCUUAACAUUUAGCUGCAAAGCUCCCUAUAAUUAAUUCCUGUUUCAGUUUGAAUGUUGACUGUUUGAUCGGGCUCAUGUUGUUUGGUUUGUGUAAUCAUUGGGCGUUUCUCUCUCUCUCCUUUCCUGAAGCACAAACGGAGCUCUGGAGCGUGACACUCUCGCCCUGGGUGCUCUGUUCCUGGAGUACGUGGAUCUAACCCGGAUGCUGCUGGAAGCUGAGAACGACAAAGAUGCUGAGAUCCUUAAAGAUAUCCGAGCACACUUUAGCGCCAUGGUGGCAAACCUGAUUCAGUGUGUACCAGGUAAGGAUUUAACUCCAACAUCUGACUGAUAAAUUUCACUCCUUACUCAAUCAGAGGAUCUAUAAUGGUCAUUUUCUUCUCCCUCUGUAGUGCACCACAGGCGCUUCCUGUUUCCACAGCAGAGCCUGCGGCAUCACCUCUUCAUCCUCUUCAGCCAGUGGGCCGGGCCUUUCAGCAUCAUGUUCACUCCUCUGGACCGCUACAGCGAUAGGAAUCAUCAGAUCACCAGAUAUCAAUAUUGUUCUCUCAAGGUAAACAAACUCCCCUCAGGAUAUUACCAGUGGUUCAUUUAGGACUAGAGGAGCAACAGGUUCAGUAGGUUGGCACACGUGAGCUCUGUCACGUAAUAUUCCUUCUGGGAACUCAACACUUGCGAGAGCCAGUGUGAGGGCAGCGGUAAACAACUCAGCAGCUGAGUUACAUAAUCAGGAGAACUUAUAGGAGCAGAUAGUGACUCUCUGUGCUUAUGUGGGUGGAUAAGUGUAUAAAUCUUUGUGUUAUGAUUCGACAAAAAAGAAGUAAAACUGGAUCCAAUCCACUUUAUUUAUACAGUACAUUUUAAAAACAUUCAAGUUCACCGAAGUUCUGCACAGUAAAAUCAAAAAGAGAAAAAACACUGUAAAAGUAAAAACAUAACGAGAAAAGACAUAAAAGCAGGUAAAAGAUCAUUUUAAAUAAAAUAAAAUAAAUAAAAUAAAAACAUUAAAGAAAUAAAAGUAAUAAAAGUAAUAAAACACAGGGAUUAUGACCAUGAAAGACAUAAAAGCGGUAAAAGACCAUUUAAAAUAAAAUAAAAUAAAAACAUUAAAGAAAUAAAAGCAAUAAAAAACACAGUGAUUAGGACCAUGAAAGACAUAAAAGGACAGAGAUCACACCACUCUCAUGCUGAACUAAAAGCCAAGGAGUACAAAUAAGUUUUAAGACGUGAUUUAAAAGUAGGGAGAGUGGGCGAUAUUGUUUUUAUCCUGAGUGGCAUUUCAUUCCACAAUUUGGGAGCCACAGCCGACAAAGUUUGAUCACCUCGAGUUUUUUAAAAGAGUUUUAGGGACAAAGAGUUGAAGCUGAUCAGCAGAACUCAAGGAAUGUUGUGGGGGUAUAAACAUUUAAGAGGUCAGAGAUUUACUGUGGUGGUACGAUUUCAAAUGAAUCAAUAAAAUGAAUUCUAAAAUGAACGGGAAUCCAAUGGAGGGAUGCCAGAGUUGGAAUGAUAUGAUCAUGUAAAAGACGAGCAGCAGCAUUUUGGACUAACCGUAAGCGCAUGAGGGUAAAACUAGAGAACAGUAAGAAUAAGUUUCAAACUUGUGUCAGGAUGUAAGUCUUGUUGUCUGUUUGUUCCUGCAGGCCAUGUCUGCUGUGCUGUGCUGCGGGCCCGUGUUUGACAACGUUGGCCUCUCCCCAGAUGGAUACCUCUAUAAGUGGCUGGAUAAUAUCCUAGCCUGCCAGGAUCAGCGGGUAUGUGGCCAAUACUUAACUAAAGCAGCGCAUUUGAACAAAGAGCUGACCUAGAAAGCCCCUCUGAUAGCUCACUGAAGCUUGCUUUGUAAGAUUCCCAACACCAGACCCUGCCAAGCUCUCGCUAUUAUCUCACUGGAGUACUGGCAAGUGGUGAAGGAGGGUUGUGUUUCAAAAUACAUUUGUCUGAUAUCGUCUCCAUUUGAAUACACCGCGAUAAAGAGCAUACAUGUGUAUUUUUCUCCUGAGCCUGCACGUUUUUAUUGAACGACUAGAAUGUUUGCUUUAUCUGGGCAGCUACCCAAAGAUAUGUCUUUUUCGUUUAGUAUCUUUGUGUAAAACAGAUGUAGAGUUACUGAGAUCAUUAAACAUAGAACCUUGAAACCGCCAAAGUGUACUUGUUAAUCAGAAAUAAAGGCUGUCUUUAUCAAGCUGUGUAAUCAGCUGAGUCUGUGUCGGUGUCAACUCUUGGCUCAGGUCCACCAGCUUGGCUGCGAAGUUGUCAUCCUGCUCCUGGAGCUCAACGCCGACCAGGUCAACCUAUUCAACUGGGCUGUGGAUCGCUGCUACACGGGCUCCCACCAGCUCGCCUCAGGGUGCUUCAAAGCCAUCGCCACAGUCUGUGGCAGCAGGUACAAAGCCCCACCAGCCUCCUCUAUCACCUGUUCAGCAUGUGAAGACGAGCGGCCAUGCUUUUGUGAAAGAAGUCUUUUCUUCGGUGGAGUUUGUAUGAAACUGUUGUAAAUUGUGAAUUAGCUCAGAAGGUUCCCCUCAGCUUAUCCACUUACAGAUCAUGCUCUCUUCUCCUUCAUCAUGACACAUCUUCUUAUUCUCCUUUCUCUCUUUACUUUACAGCAGAAACUAUCCAUGUGAUAUCGUCACACUGCUGAGUCUAGUUCUCUUUAAGGCGUCAGACGCCAACAGAGAAAUCUAUGAGAUCUCCAUGCAGCUGAUGCAGGUAAGAAACACAAUAACACUUCCCUUUGGGUUUUUUUUGUGUCUGUGCAAUAAAUGAUAAAUGACCCGUUCCUCUUCUUUCUUUUAUAGAUUCUUGAAGCUAAGUUGUUUGUCUACUCCAAGAAGAUUGCAGAGCAGAAGCCAAACAGUAUCCUCUAUGGCACACACGGUCCUCUGCCACCUCUUUACAGCGUCUCGCUGCCUCAGCUCUCCAGCCAGCUGGCCAGGAUGUACCCCGAGCUCACACUCCCUUUAUUCUCAGGUAGCAGAUAGCAUCAAGUUUAUCCUCUGUAUCUGAGCGUGCUUUAAUACCCUCACAGGCUUGUCAUCUACUCAUGGUUUCCCACUAAAUGCUGCGUGCUCAACGUCCAAACCCAAGAUUGUAGCUGUGUCUGUAGACACUCCCUCCAACCGCAGAGGGCUUUAUUCGAUCUUCUGAUCAUGUGCAGAUCAGGAUUAAACUGGCAAUUAUGGUGCAACCGGAUGACAGUAUUAACUUGACUUCAGUGUUGAACAUAAACACCACAAUCCCCGCUGAUGAUAUUUUGAUGUUAGAGUUUCCUUUCCUCUGCAGAGGUCAGCCAGAGGUUCCCCACCACACACCCCAACGGGAGGCAGAUAAUGCUGACCUAUCUCCUGCCCUGGCUGGGCAACAUCGAGCUGGUGGAUAGCGGCCUGCUGCUCCCGGUUUUUACACCGUGCACGUCAGAUUAUGAUGUUUCCAGCCGCACAAACAGCACAGCUUCAACUCAUCAGCUGAAGGGCAGCGGCUGGGGCUCAUUACAAGCCACUUCUAUGGUGCUCAACAACCUCAUGUUCAUGACCGCCAAGGUAGAGCCAUGCUGAGGAGAUGUAAUGAGUAAAAUAUGUGUAACAGCGAUCAGUGCGGUGAAUGUGUAGAUGUGUUUUUCCCCCUCUGGUCAGUAUGGAGAUGAUCUUCCUGGAGCAGAGAUGGAAAACGCCUGGAACGCUUUAGUCAGCAAUGACAAGUGGAGCAACAAUCUGAGAACCACACUGCAGUUUCUCAUCAGCUUAUGCGGCGUGAGCAGUGACACCACCCUCCUGCCAUAUGUAAGCUAUAUCAUUAAGCCCUCUGAGAUUUGUUGCGCCGUCUUUUCUGCUUCGCAUACAUAUUCUCGGAUCUUCUGGUUUCAGAUCAAGAAGGUGGUGAUCUAUCUGUGCCGGAACAACACCAUGCAGACCAUGGAGGAGUUGAUAUUUGAGCUGCAGCAAACAGAUCCAGUCAACCCUGUGGUGCAGCACUGUGACAGCCCUCCUUUUUAUCGCUUCAGUGCCACAAGCAAGACUUCCACAGCUGCUUCAGGUGAAACUUAAAAGCAGAAAUCAAACAGGGUUGCUCAGUCCCAGUUGGAACUACUUGGUGGAAAAGUGUAUUUGCUCUGAAGGAGAUCCCAGCUGUGUGUUUUGUUUAGUACAACUUCUUUGCUCUGUUUUGGGGGAUUUUUAGGCACCACAUCAAGCAGCAACACUGUCGUCGCAGGCCAAGAGAGCUUCCCUGACACGGAUGACACCAAGAUUGUAAAAGAGAGCGAAGAGAGGUAGAUAAAUCAUAGAAAACAGGUUAAUAAAAGCUUUUAAAAUUCCCACAAUCAUGAUGUUUAUUUGUUUUUUUUCUGACUUCAGGCUGAGCCACAUAAUGCGAGCCCACAACCGCCUGGAAUCACGCUACAGUAACAGCUCAGGAGGAUCUUACGAUGAAGAUAAGAGUGAGUGUUUUUCCGUACCAGACACCCUUUGAAAAAAUGAGGUUUUCAUGGUCUGGUGAGCGUGGAAUAACACAGGCCGGGUUGGAGGGUAAAAUGAGGACUGACGAGGUGUCAUUGAUAAUGUAUGAGCGCUGCGGAGAGGCCUGGAUAUUUUUUUUUAAAGCUUCUGUGAGAACUGGCACUGAAAUAAAAGUAGUAGAGCCUAGGGCCUUCACGGGGCUGCCAGUGACCCAGAAAAAGGUUUUGUUGUGCUCUCUUGGUCUGAAAUAGUCCUGCUGAGUUCUGGGAGUAAGAAUAAUUUGACCAUGAAAAGCAUCUUGUCAAGCUUCGAAGAACUCCUAAACUCUACUUAAUAGCUGAUAUUUGUCUUUGUAUCUCUGUGAAAUAGACCAUCAGCUGUGUUUGUAUCCUUAACCUUUCAGGUGAGCCUCUGCCACCAUAUGCUGAUUGGCUGAUGGUUGUCAUUGAGACCAACCAGCCCCAUCCUCUGCCCAUGCCUCUGAAUGGAGGAUGCUGGGCUCCACUGGUGGACUUUCUGCCAGAAACUGUCACUCCCAGAGGACCACUGCACAGGUGAGACUGAGGAUACAAAGAAAUAAAAAGUUUGAGUUGCUGGGCCUGCGACGUUAUAACGCACUAAGGUCCUUUUAAACUUUGAUAAAUACUAAAACUGACCUUAAAAAAGGCAGAAAGCUUUUGAGUUUUCAUGCCACACACUUCAAGGGUGAUUUUUAGGGUUAAAUAUGAUUUUAACCCUUUUUUUAUAUUAAAUGACUUUGAAUGACCCUCUGUGUUGCAGGUGUAAUAUAGCAGUCAUCUUCAUGACAGAGAUGGUGGUGGAUCACAGUGUGAGGGAGGACUGGGCCAUCCAUCUGCCUUUACUACUGCAUGCUUUGUUUCUAGGUGAGUCUUAUAAUAAUCAGACAAAUACGACUCAUAAUUGAUUGGACAUGUCUUGGCUGACUGGGGUUGUGUGCCGAUUCAAAAUCAAGUCUGUCAGAUGUUUUGGUUUUCCAGCUGGCAUUGGUCUCAAAAAAGGUUUUUGAAUAUGAAAACUGGCGAAGGUCCCACGUUUGAUGGAUGCAAGCUGGCUCUGGCUGCUCCGCUGCAUAUAUAUGUUUCAGACUUUCUAAAGCUUUACACGUUCUAGCAGAGCAUCUUUGAGACUUACGAUGGAAAUGAGGUAGAGCCUUCUUGUUUGGAGAAGCUUAUUAAAUGGAAGAACCCUAUUCCACCAAUAUUUAGUCUUUGGAUGAGGAAGGUCAUGUGCCAUCUUGAAUCAGAGAAGAUUAGAUGUAUCAUGAGAAGACCAGCCUUAAAAUUUUAUUCUAUUUGGGUGCUUUUCUUAGAUUUUGAUGGAGACAGUGCGGCGCUGUUACCGUCACUCUCUUGCCGCUCAUGAAGCUCAGCUGUUAUGUUCACGUUAUGUUACCUGUGCUACUCGCUACAUAGACUGUGAGCUUGAACGUUACCGGAAGAGGGUCCAACAAGAUUUGAUGCUCUUGUUGAUGACUUUAAAUGUUUAGAAAAUAACGUCUUGUGUUGUUGUGCUCUUACAGUGCGAGUAGAAAUUAUUAGUGGCGCAUUAAUAUUAAAGAUCAUGUGAAAUUUCUGUAGUGGCGCACGUAAUUCCGCCGCUUCUGAAUGAAUGUAGGGGAAAUACUGAGGGUUAUUUUUCCGGUAUCUGAUGGCAACAAAAUUUUGUAUUUGAGCUUUUUUUCGUGCUUUCUUUUCCUGAAUGUGUGUCCAUAAACGAGGGAUAGAUAUGUGUGUCUAGUAUGAUAUCAGACACUGUCAUUGCAAUCUCAGGACCAAAAACAAUGACUGCUAUAAUAACAAUAACAAUUCAAUAUAAUAACAAUACUUUUUCCUCCAGGCAUGGAUCACUACCGUCCAGAGGUGUUCGAGCACAGCAAACGUCUCCUCCUCCACCUUCUCAUCACUUUGUCCUGCAACAACAACUUCCAGUCCAUCGCCACAGUCCUGCUUCAGACACGAAACAUCAACGGCACCAAGACCCUCACCUGCAAACCGAGCCUUCAGCCCGAGUAUCUCCCUGCAGGUACAAAUAGAGGCCGCUCGAAUACUCGUCUGUUUAGCUACAAACAAUAGAUUCAAUCACACGUUACUGAAAGGUUAAAGGAGGUCUGGGUUCGGUUGACAGCGCAGGUUGGUAUUUGACACAUUACUCUCCUCUCUGGCUAAUAUAAACUGAACAUCAGGAGGGAAUGGCUGGCAUUCCUUUCAGGGGAUAGAUACGUUGCUUAUCUAGGGAGAAAAUAUUUUGACACUGAGCCAAAAGCAAUAUCGAGCACAGAGGACAUCAAAGGUCCUGAUUAAAGCAUUCCAGUCUGCUAUUUUUGUCCUCUUAACCAAAUUGGGGCCAUCUGCGAAGGCUUGACUAGGCUUUCCCUGCUCCCCUUCUUCCCCUGCUGAUAAUUUGUUUUGUAAAUGUCUAGACGUUCGAAGAUGUCGACAUUAUUCUUUGUCGACUCCUUUGCUUUGAGAGGGUUUUUGUUUUUCUUGGAAGCCGUAAAAUGACAAAUCUGUCUUUAACAUCCUGAGAAAACACCCUUUUGUUUAUCAUAUCUUUAACGCAUGUUACAUCUUGGCGAAUUAGUGUGCAGCAGUUCAGGAGUUCCACCUGACAGGUUCACCGCAACAAAUAAAUAAUGUUAUCAGCAGCUAAUUGGAUUUAAAUUCCAGACAUGUUAAAACACUACAAGUGUUUUUUUAUGUUACUCAAACUCCAGCCUCAGGCCCCAGUUUUAUUAACAAAAUCAAACUUCCAAACGAACCCAUGCAACCUGUCUCUCCUCACACACACCUGUCCUCUCUGUCGUCUUCAGGAGGAGGUUUCGACUUCCUGCGGGAGUGUUCGGCAUCUCCUGUGCCGGACUCUGGCUUGAGUUCUUCCUCAACUUCGUCCAGUCUGAGUUUAGGAGGCAGCAGCAACAACCUGCCCGAGAUCUCACAUGAGGUGGAGGAGCUGGUGGCUUCGAAUAAGAUGGAUGAGAAGACCAACCAGCUGAUUGAAUUUUUAACCACAAGGUAACGAUGUUGACAUCUUGAGCCCCCGUCACUCUUAAAGAGUACGUUUUUUUCACUUCCCCUUAAAAAGGAUGGAGGUAUUUAUUUAGAAAAACAUGCUGAUCAACUCUCUCAUGAAGCUUGGUGUAGAUUUCCACCUAGUGGUGCUGCAUGCGUAGUGCACCCGAGUUUAGAAAUAGAUUAAAUCUGAUGUUCACACAAUCGCAGCUGAUUAUUUAUCUUAGUUGUACAUGUGGGAAUUUUUACUCUAAACAUUAAAUCUCACAUUGUUAAAGGCCGAGGAUUGUAUCUGUUUAUAUGUGCCGUCAGUAAAUAACAAACUCUUGUUUUACAGAGCUUAUGGGCCACUGUGGUGCCAUGAAGACAUUUCACCAAAGAAUCAAAUUUCAAAAAGCACCGGGCAGCUGUCCAACUUCCUCCGACAUGUUGUCUCUAUAUUCAGAGAGUCCAAAUCAGGUAACCUUUCAUUUUCUCAUUUUUACUGAACCCGUUUCUAUUCCCAGUCAGGUUAUCUUGUUAAUUCUUAUCUCUGAUCGCGUCAGAUUUCCACCUGGAGCAGCAGCUCAGUGACGUGGCCCUGCAGACGGCCUUGUGCAGCUCUUCACGUCACUACGCCGGACGCUCCUUUCAAGUGUUUCGAGCUCUCCGUCAGCCCAUCUCCGCCCACGCUGUGUCCGACCUGCUCUCCAGGCUGGUGGAGGUUGUCGGUGAACAUGGAGAGGAAGUGCAGGUCAGAGAUCAGCUCUCUAGCUAUUUCUCUUCUUUAUCUUAUCUCAAUCUUCUUUAUAACUCAGAUUUGUGUUUUUUCUCUCUUGCAGGGUUAUGUGCUGGAAGUGUUACUCACUCUGGAGUCUGUGGUGGACAACUUGGCUGAAUGUCUCAAGAACAAUGAUUUUAUGGCUUUGUUAACAAGGUCAAUGCUUCCUCUACAUGAAUUCACAUAGACCAAAGCUGUUUCUUAAACAGGCUUUUAAACAUUGCAAUUUCCCUUUGAUUGCAGAGCCUCAUCUCCAGAUUUCAUCACCAGUUUCAAGCAGCUGUCCAACAGGAAGAGCACAGGGCAACUUAAUCUCAGAAGAGAGGAGAGGAGCCGCCAUCAGAGGAGCUCAUCUGUCCCCAAGAAGUUUGGAGAGGCGGAUAGAUGGUCUGAUCCGCCUCGCAGUGCCACACUGGACCGCAUCCAAGCGUGCGAGCAGCAGGCGCUGUUAGCAAAAACCCGCAGCCCAUCUUCAUCUAAAGACAACAUCAGCGACCCCACCAACAUCAACCACCCCAGCAACCUGCUGGCCACCGUCUUCUGGGUCGCAGUGUCCCUGAUGGAGUCCGACUUUGAGUUCGAGUAUCAGAUGUCUCUGAGGCUGUUGAACAAGCUGCUGGGCCACAUGUCGCUGGACAAACAGGAGAACAGGGAGAAGCUGGAGAAACUGCAGAGCCAGCUGAAAUGGAGCAGCUUCAGCGGGCUCCAGCAGCUGCUGUUAAAGGGCUUCACCUCUGUGUCCACCACUGACCUCACGCUGCAGCUCUUCUGCCAGCUCACACCUGUGUCCAGAGUGCCUGUGGUGGACACAUCACAAGCUAUAGGUACACCCUGGAUAGAUGGAUGGAUAAAGAGUUUGAAUGUAGAUAUCUCUAAAGUGUUAAAUGCCUCUAAACUGUUAUUUUAAAUCUGGAAAAUUAAGAUUAAGGAUUUUUUUGUGCAUCCUGCAGGUUUUCCCCUGAACGUCCUCUGCCUGCUCCCUCAUCUUGUGCAGAACUUUGACGGCCCCACGCUUUUCUGUCAAGAUGUUGCAGAGAGGAUAGCCAAGGUUUCGCUCAACUUCAUAUUCCACCUAAAAAUGUAUAAAUUAAUUUGAUAGUAGUUUUAUUUUCCAAGCUGAUGCACUCUUUUUUUUUUUAUGUAGGUUUGCCUCGAGGAGAAGAACGCCAAGCUGUCCAACCUCGCUCAUGUCAUGACUCUGUACAAAACACACUCCUACACUCGAGACUGCUUCUCCUGGGUGAACGUGGUGUGUCGGUAUCUUCACGAGGCUUUCUCAGACAUCACGCUCAACCUGGUCACUUACAUGGCAGAGGUUUGUAGAGCAUUUGUAGAGUCUUGUUAACAUUUUUAAUAUUUGCAGCUUUUCAGGAGUUAUGAGAAGUUGUUUUUUUUUUUUUCAGCUGUUAGAGAAAGGUCUCCCCAGUAUGCAGCAGACCCUUUUACAAAUCAUCUACAGCCUUCUGAGUCACAUGGACCUGAGCGGGAUUCAAGCCAAACCCUUCAACAUGGAAGUGCUUAAGACGAUUGAGAAAUUCGUCCAGGUAAGUGAAACAAAAACAAACUUUUUCCUGGUAAGAUUUGACGUCAGACAUGAUCACAGAAGAUCUGCAGGCAUUCAAAGUUAAAGCUGCGUGUUCCUCUUGUAAGUGGAAAAAAAGGAAAGAAAACAGUCUUAUGUCAGCGCAGUAAAUUUGUAGACACACCCAAACUAUAAACAGUCUGCCGUUCUGCCACAGGCUCAGGCUCUGUUUAUACUCACACUGAAUCCAUUUUCCUUUAGCUUCCUACUGUGAGCGCACUGCCAGAACACUUGUCUCUAAAAAUAGAACGACAAUAAAGCACAGAGAGAGAGAGACGUUUGUAAGUGUUUGUUCCUACACACAUGGCUUUGUUGGUUUGUGUCUGUGUUCACGGAUGAAUCGGUGUGUGUGUACGUCUGUGUUGACUUUAGACGGUCCAUUGGGGGGAAGCGCUGAAUAUCCUGAAGCUGGUGGUUUCUCGAUCGGCCAGUUUAGUGCAGCCCUCGUUCCCACAGAGUGACCUCUCCUACGAGGACAACAGCCGCGUCUGGGACCGCUCCUCCAAGGCCCUGCCUGGGAAAACGCUGGAUUUCCACUUCGAUAUAUCCGAGGUGAGACACUUUUUCUCUGACGUUCUCUUUAUCGUGUGAGAAAGCCGGAGUGUAACGCUUGUAUGUAUGUUUUCCUGUAUUUUCCAGGGUGUGGUGCUUGUUGAGGUUUUGUGGAGUCUUGUUGAGCUUUAGCAAAGGAAACAUUUCUUCCCCUUCCUCAUUGCUGAUAUUUCUUUUUUAACCAAACCCCUGGAGAUUAGCUCGAAAGCUCUGAAGGUAAACACAAUUAGACCAAGCAGUGCAGAGCUGGAAAGUGAUGUCAAAGAUACCGUCAGAGCGGCGUGUGUGUGGGAACGGGACAGGGAGCUAUUUGUGUGGUUCAUGAAUGGAAGGAAAUGAUGUCAGCUCUUUUGCCGCCGUUCUUUGUGUGUGAAUCAGUUUGGAUAGCCUGCAGUGUGUGUGUAUUUAAACUUGAGUUACACAGGACAAACCACUUUUUGUUUCUUUUUAGGAUAUUUUUAGCCUCACGGAAAAAAAAAAUCACAGCUCCAAAAGGUUUAUUUUUGGGGUAAAAACGUAAUCUUGAUAAAACAGCUCAUCCUGAAACAACUUUCUCUGACUCAUUCACAGUCCCUGUAUUAAUCUGUGUAUUUUUUUGUAUCUUUUCUGUUAGACACCGGUGAUAGGACGGCGCUUUGAUGACCUGCAGCGCUCUCCAGGCCAAGAUGUGAAGAGCAGGACGACCGCAGUGACCCGCAGCACCUCCUCCACCUCCUCUGGAUCCACCACCAACAAUGUGCUGGUGCCAGUCAGCUGGAAGAGGCCUCAGUCUUCACAGGUUGGCACACAUCCUGUAUGAAAACUGUGCGCUGAGGCUGCAGAUUGUCAUUAAAUCACAGAAAAUAAGUCAACACCAAGUCCAUCUGUUUUUAAAAGUUGGAACAAGCUCAGCAAGAUGCAACAAAUUGCAGCAGCUGCCGGCAAACUAAACCUGCAAAAAGAGUUUUAAAUUCUUGAAUUACAUGCAAAGGUAAAUGGACUAAAUGUCCUGAGAAUGUGUCCAGAAAGAGAUCAGAUGUUCAUACACAGAGUAAAAAGAGUCUAAACUGUUAUAAGAGUUGCAUGAAAUCAAAAUGCCAGCUCUUAUUUUGUUAAAAAUAUUCAUUUUUUUUCCCUCUUUGCAGAAAAGGACACGUGAAAAACUGGUGAAUGUGUUGUCAUUGUGCGGACAAGAAGUGGGACUCACAAAAAAUCCCUCAGUAAGACACACUUGAUUCAAACUUUACUAAAAUGCUUUUGAAACCAACUUCAGUCCCUUUUUUUUUCAACUGGUUUGUUCGUGUCUCUGCAGGUGAUCUUCUCCAGUUGCGGGGAGCUGGACCUCAUGGAUCACCAGCCCAGCCUGGUGUCCUCUGACGAUGGAACCCGAGAACCGGACAACAUGGAUGACAACACCUCAGAGCAGCAGUUCAGGGUCUUCAGAGACUUUGACUUCCUGGAUGUGGAGCUUGAGGAUGGAGAGGUGAGGAAGAGAAGAAAAACACUUCUCCAUAUCAGCAUAAACAGCGAAAGUCAAAAUGAGAAGAUGUAUUUGAGCUCAUAGACGGUGGAGGAGUUCACUGUUCAGUCAGGUCUGCCUGCUCUGUGUAAUGAGCUUUCUGUUUUCUGCCUUUAUUUCUCUGUCUGUGCUUCAGGAGCUUCAGGUGAGUGUAGACAUGUUAUGAUGUUAUUGCUGUGUUUUUAAGAGUGUGUGCCUGCAAACAGACAAACUGAUGACAAAGGGACGCAGAUUGUUUGCAUGAUCAGUCACUUACAAAGCAGACGAUUAUCUCGACUCUGAAGUCUGGGAGAAAAAACUGUGUAUUCGGCUUAUUUCUUAUUAUCAUAAGUGUGUAUUUCAAGUAGGCUUAGACUUGCAGUGUAAUAGUGACGUGUGACCUGCAUGCCAUCAUAAAAUACAAUCAGGAGGAGUCAUUGUUCGACCAGAAUUUGACUUUUUUUAAAAUCGUUUCCUGGUUAUUUAUAGAAAAAAACUCCUCUCUGACAUUUAACUGUAUACUUAUUUCUUACGUGCAUGAACAUAAAACUUAAACCUGCAUGAUUUUUCUGGUUCCCAUAGAUAUGAACUCCAUGUAGUUGCACAUUGUUAUGAAAGAAGUCCACAUGCACUUUCCGCUCGGUGUAAAUUGAGAAUCCGUCAUUUUUCAUUUGCUAGUUUUGCAUUUUUUCUCAACUGUGUGUAGUUUUAGCUCCUGUCAUCACAAUCUGUGGAUGUGGAGAUUUUGUGAAAAGUGGAAGUUGGAAGAAAAGUUACUCUGUGUUUUUAACAAGCUGCUGUCAGACUCAGAGGAUAACAUCUGUAAACGUUGUAGUCUUAGAUUAUCAGGGAGGGGAAGAGGGCAAAACUCACCUGAAUCUGCACAGCGGGGUUAUAUUAGUACAUACACAGCAUACAGAGUGUGUAUGUGUGUGUUGGUGUUAGACAAGAGUCACCAUCAUCAUCAGUACUUUGUAACUCAAGGACAUUCCGUAUUGCAGGGAGAAACGAUCGACAACUUUAACUGGGGAGUGCGCAGACGCUCCAUGGAUAGUCUGGACCGCAACGAUCUGCAGCCGCUGGAGGAGAGUCAGCUGUCCAUCAGCAUGCCCAGCCUCAGCAAGAUCACCCAUGAAGACUCGGACGAGUCGUCUGAGGAAGAUUCGCUCACUGCCAGCCAGAUCCUCUCCCACUCUCAGCUUGUAAGUCUUCAUGGUUUUUGUCAGCACUUCCAGAAAUUAGGUGCCAGCUUAUGAAAUAAUAGAAAAAUUAAUGUUUUGUAAUCAGAAAAAAACGUUUUUCUAUCAAACUCUUUAUUUCAGAAAUGCUGUUUGUUCAUUUCAGUUCAAACUUUUGCCUCAUCCCUCUGUAACUCUGUGACUCCAGACUUUCAUACCGUGUGUGGUGGCAGAUGGAGAGCCCAUGUGUCCAUGCAGCUGUCAUCCCACCCUCCUCUUGCUCUUAAUUUGUCAGCCCCUCCUGAAGUCUCAUUACUAACCAGCAGUUCAGGGAUAGUGUAGAUUUCCUGAAAGAUACCACACAUGCUUUUUCAGAAAGGAUAACACCGACUUUGUCUCUUUGCAGACUGUCAACCUCUCACCAACGGCAGAAAGCAGUAUGGACUCUCCCUCCACUUUUUUUGACACAAGCUCAGCUCCUUCAACUCCUCUGAACACCAAAAAUCCAAGUUUCGAGGUCCACCUGCCCGAGGACUCGAAGCAGCGGGUGAAUAAGGGCUUCAGAGUGUCUGAGAUUCUGGGAACUACUAAUGCUUAUCGCAGCUCUAUGUUCGAAUUCUUCACUAAUUUUGCCAAAUAGGAGCUUUUCUGUUGCUUUUCUUCUUGCGUAAUGUCUUGGAUGUGUUAUGCGCUUUGGGAUUAGUCUGUCUUAAGUAUUAUUUCGUCGUUCUGUAACUUUUUCUACACGUCUUUUCUGCAGAGUACAGCAUGCGCCGGUCUUUUUAGGAUAUUUUACUUGCAUGCAAAAUGGGGAAUGAACUUAACAGCAAGUGGGCAAAUCAUAACGCUUCGGGCUCUGGGCUAGUUUUGAACUUAAUUCGAUGCAGCAGAGGUUAUCUGGGUAUGUUAAGGGGGUCAUAGCCGGCAGUAGAAAAAAAAAACAAAUCUCUUUUCUCUCUGUGUCUGUCCAAGAAGGCAAUGUGUAUACCUAAAAGGCUUCUGUGUGGGUGGCUACAACUAAAACCUCUUGGCAUGUGGGAGCUGGAGAAAGGUUUACACAUUGCCUGCCCCAAAAAUCAAGUAUUCAAGGCCACGACGCUGGCUGAAUUCAAAUGUUUUAUAACUUUUAUAAUUGGCACAAAAUGAAAUAUUUUACAAAUAAAAACACCACAAGGAGUGUCCGUAGGGUCCGCUACCCAGGUUAGUGUACUCAUCAUAUCAACAUUUACCCGUUUGUUAAUGUCAAAGGAGCACGCUGCUGUGUUUUUUUAGCCUUGACUGCAUGCUGCUACAUUUUUUGUCGUGACACUCGUUUAGAGAUCGUGUCCUCGUCUCUGUCUUUCAGCAUGACUCGUCACAAGAUGAUGAAGAUACAAACAUCCAGGAGGAAGAGCUCUCUCUCUGCAUCACUGAGCUGCCCUCCGACUUCAACAGCGGGGACAGUUUGACGAUGGACCUGGUUCACCUCGACUACAAAGGAGAGCUGGACCUGGACAGCUGCUUACCCAGGUACCCCCCCCUCACGGCCCGUCCUCAUGAAUAAGCAAAGUUGUACAGAGUGACUCGGUUCAUGACCGGUCUUUCUUUCUUCAUGUUUGCUCAGUCUUGCGGAGGAGGAGAGAGACGACACUUUAGAGUCCCGCUCCUCACCGCCACCGUCACCCUUCUUCUCCGCCAUCCUCGCGGCUUUCCAACCGGCCGUGUGCGACGACGCAGAGGAGGCUUGGCGGAGUCACAUCAACCAGCUGGUGUCUGACUCAGAUGGAUCCUGUGCAGUCUACACUUUUCAUGUGUUUUCCUCAUUAUUUCAGGUGUGUAUCAUCACAGUGAGGAAUAAAAGUGAGAGAGUAACAGGAUUAGUCGUUCGCCUGAUUAACCUUCAGAGAAAAGAUGCUUCCAAUCAGGAGUCGGCUGAGUAAUUACAAAUAGAGGGCACUUUCUUUCCAGAUGCUUUCAGCUUGAAAAUCCUCCGUCAUUCAUUAUCCAGAUUUAUUCACUUCACUGACCAAAGCUGACAGGGAAGAAUUUGAGGAGAAAGGAGUGAUAAGGACAGACUGUAAAUACCUUAAAGAUGUAGAAGUGGUUUUGACAGAAUCCCAGCAGGCCUUACUUCUACUAAAAUGUGCUUUACAGAAUAUCCAGACCAAGUUCUGCUCCCUGACCUUCGACGCUGUGAGUUACCUCGGUGACGGCCUCAGAGGAUUAGGAUCAAAGCUCCUGAGGUCCUCUCAGAUGCUGACAUCAUGCUCAGAGUGUCCGACACUGUUUAUCGAUGCAGACACUGUGAGUAAGAUGACAUUUAAACGCUUGUCUGUGUGUUUUUAAACAGUUUUCAACAAAUUAAACAACAUGUUUUUUUUCCACAGAUCAUGUCUUACGGGCUCCUGGAGAAAAUGAAAUUCAGCGUAUUGGAGCUUCAGGAGUAUCUGGAUACUUACAACAACAGAAAAGAGGCAGCUCUCUCUGUAAGGAAGUGUUUUUUACAGGCCAAGUGUUACCUGUAUGUCAGGUUGUUUAUGGCAUACAGGUAACAGUUGAUGUUAUUAUGUUAUGUUAUGUUAUCUUACAUUAUAUUAUCAUUAUAUUAUAUUAUAUUAUAUUAUAUUUCAUUAUAUUUUAUUAUAUUACAUUAUAUUAUGUUAUGUUAUGUUAUGUUAUGUUAUGUUAUGUUAUGUUAUGUUAUGUUAUAUCAUAUUAUAUCAAAUCAAUGUUAUUUUUGUAUCCAACAGUGGUUGAACAACUGUAAGGCAACCUUCCCCAAGAGUUCAGAGGGCAAAGUGGUAACAUGUCAGCCAGCAGAGCAUGAGGAAAAGGUAAAACCUUAUCUUUACAGGGAUGGAGCAGUAACUCUAACAGGCUGUUUUAUGAGCUGAACUGUAUUAUAAAAAUGCUGGUUGAGUAUUUGAGUGCUUUAUGCAAAAGUGCACAUACACAAAUGGCUCAUUUUAAUGUUAAAGAAGAGAGAUUUUAACUGUAUAGCAGAUUAGAAAAAUGACUGAAAAUACAAGAGUCCACUCCAACUGACCUCUCCUACUGUAUCCUUUGCAUUACGAUUACUGUGGUAGCUCUGUGAGUGUUACCUCUUAUUUUCUCACACUAUUUAAAUGUCAAGUUUCAGACAACUUGGAGUCGCCACACGUCACAAUAAUUUCUCUCAUUUCGGCGUGCACUGUGAUUAUUUUCAGCUCUGCUGAGCAUGAGAGCCAGUUCUCUUCUUGAGUUGCAUCUGAAAUAGCGAUUCACUGUUACACUCACUUUAUAAGCGAGGGAAGAAAACAGCAAAAUGCAAACUUUUGCUGUUAAAUUUGAUACUUAGCAGCAAAAAAUGUGCCACCAAAGUGAGUGUGUUUAUGCUUAUUAACAGGCAAAAUGAUUUGCCUUGCUUUUUUUAAAUUAAAGGGAUCCUGUGGAGUUUUUUGCAACUACAAAAAUAUGAAUCAAAUUAAGUUUCAACACCAGAGCGCUUCCAUCAGCUCUUUCUGAGUAUUGUACAUUUAACACAGUGAACGUCAGUGUUUACUGCACAAGAUGGUUGUUUUUUGGCACAUUGGAAUUAAUCUCUCUUUGUAAAUUAAACUGCACAUUAUGUCGCCCAUGUGUGCCCACAUGCACGUGCGUCCUUGUGCCAAACAGGGAGUAUUUGAGAGAAAAUCUUCACGGCGACAAGAAGAAAAAACUCCACAGUGAACCCGUAAUCAUUUGUGACUACCAGCCCUCCUUUCAGUUUUAAUUCACAAAUACGUCGACCCUCUUUUUCUUCCUGUUUGCAUGCUGAUAACAUCACCUGUGCUUUUCUUACUUUUCACCCACUUUCAAUAAGUCACGAUAAUAAGGAUGCAUGCUUUUCUUUUGAUUCUGUUUCCCUGACUUCUUUUCUAUCCUGUAACACGCUUGCUUUAAAGCAAAUGGAGUCUCUGGCUGUAAGUUGGAAACGCUUGUUCCUAUUUGUUGUUUUGAAAUGUUCUGUCUUUACAGCAACAGCUCAGUGUACUGUAAUUUCAUUUUGCAGCACUCAUACAAGUAGAUCUAUUAAAGUUUAUUAUCAUAUCCCUGAAAUUAUCUGAUUAAGUCUAAAGUGAUUCAUUAGAAAGAGUAGAUAAAAACAAUGAAAAGACUUCCUCCUAACCUUCCCUUUCCUUCACUUUUAGCAACUGGAGCUCUGUCAAAGACUCUACAAACUCCACUUUCAGUUGUUGCUGCUCUUUCAGUCCUACUGUAAGCUGAUCGAGCAGGUCCACGCCAUCAGCUCUAUUCCUGAGGUAGGUUCAGCAGCGGUUUGCUCGUCACCUUUUUGUUUUAUUUUUGAACCAUGACACCGUAUCAUCUGUGUACCUGUUCCAUUUUUCAGCUGACAAACAUGUCCAGAGAGCUGAAUGAGCUGAAGAGCAGCCUGAGGGUAGCAGCAGCUUCAGUGACAGAGAAAGAGAUGUCUGCCUGUGAAAGCUCCCACUCUGAGCCCACCUUCAGCACCUCUGAGGCUGCCGUUCAGGCCAUCCUGGAGUGUCUGAAGAACAGUGAGUUUCAGACGGCUAUCCGCAACAUUCGUGAGUGCAGGUAAGAGAAGAAAAAGAAAGGCUUGUUCACUUUACAGUGUAUAAAGCUGCUAAAUCCAUGGUGAAUAACAUUACCUUUUCUUUGUAGAACGAUGUGGCCGAGCGACAUCUUCGGCAGCCCCUCUGAGGAUGAGGUCCAGACGUUACUUAACAUCUACUUCAGACACCAAACCCUGGGUCAGACAGGAACUUUUGCUCUGGUGGGCUCAAAACAGGACCUGACAGAAAUCUCAGUCAAGCUGAUGGAACUCAACGGGGAGAUUCGGGACAUGAUCCGGAGAGCCCAAGGCUACCGAGCCAUCACAGCUUUCCUCCCGGACUCUAGUGUUUCAGGCUCGACUCUCUGA